AGGGUGCUGCGGCAAAUUGUGCAGUCGCUGUGGUACAUCCGCUGGAUGACCGUGCUCCUCCUCCUCUUCAUCCUCAUCUCCUCCGUACUCGCGUACUACUUCUUCUCGCCAAACCCGGACGAGCCAAACUUUGUGAACCUUGAGAAGAGCUUUGUGAACCUCUUUGUCCUCGUCACCACCGCAAACUACCCAGACGUCAUGAUGCCGGCGUUUACGUAUUCAAGCUAUGCGCCGAUCUUCUUCGUGCUGUUCCUGAUUCUCGGCCUCUACACCAUCUCCAACAUCUUCCUCGCCUUUGUGUUUGACUUCUACCAGGUGACGGAGAAGCGCAAGUACCGCUCGAUCUUCCUGCACCGCCGCCAGGCCGUGCGCUUGGCGUACGACCAGGCCCUGCAGGCCGAUGAGGGGGGCAUCAACCUUGCAGCAUACGAGCGGAUCGUGCGGCGCUACGAUCCGCGCAUCAAGCAGCGCGACAUCGUCCUCUCCUUCAACAUGCUCGACAGGACCAUUGACGGGUAUGUGAGCAAGGAGGAGUUUUACCGCUUCUUUGAGGUGUGCGAGCUGCGAUGGCGCAUUGAUUACAUCAAGACCAUUGGCCACGAGUACACAUACGCCCCGACCAAAGGCUGGUCCAAAUGGAGACUCAAGAUCCGCGAGCUGGUGUCGUACCGCCUGUUUGACCACUUCAUCAACUCUGUCAUCUUGGCCAACCUCAUCUACGUCGUGGUGGAGGCUGCACUCCACUCGGGACCCGAAACCCCUGUGAGCAAGUAUCAGCUGCUGUUUUCGUUCUUCUUCUUGUUCGAAGUCAUCAUCAAACUCAUCGGCUUUGGUUCAAAGGCGUACUUCCAAGAUGGGUGGAACAUGUUUGACUUUGUGAUUGUGACGGUGAGCGUGUCGCUGGCUGUGAUUGAGUUGGCGGCGAACCAAUCGGACAUUGGCAUCUACAUCACCAUCGCACGUGCAUUCCGCCUCGCCCGAAUCUUCAGGACACACAAGACGUUCAAACAGAUUGUGGAAGUGAUUGUGUACUUGUACCCGAAAGCGGCCCGCUUCUUCAUUGCGCUGCUGUGCGUCUACUACUUCUUCGCAACCAUCGGCAUGGCAGUGUUCCAUGACACCGUGUCGCAGUGUGACAAUGACGAGUGCCCCGUGGGACCGUGCGACAAUGGCACGUGCGACACACGCACGUGCCACCUGGACAACUAUCUUGUCCGUAACACAUCCAUUGGUGGGCUCAACUUCCAGCUCAUGUCCUUCGACAAUGUCCUCCUUGCGUACAACACGCUCUUCAUGCUCAUGGUCGUCAACAACUGGCAAAUCACGAUGGAGGCGCACGUGUGUGCAACAAACCAAACCGCUUCGCGCGUGUUCUUCUUCGUCUAUUAUCUCCUCACCGUUAUUGUCGUCAGCAAUGUCGUCGUUGCAUUCGUCCUCGACGCUUUUCAAGUGUUGUAUGACAAGCGAACGUCGAAAGACCCGGAUUCGUCAAACUACAAGCUGCGGGUGCUGGAGGUCUCUGUUCCGCGAAGCGUAGCAGCCGAGUUCUUGUCUGAAGACAACCCUGCGCUGCAAUCGGAGAUUGUGCACUUCCGCGCAGUCAAGAAGGACACGGCACUCUACGACCUCCUCUAUGCAAACGACUUGAAGGAUUGGAUACGGGAGGAUCAAAUGUCCUCUGGCGAAGUUCGCGUGGAGAUGGAGGACCUGUUUGUGCCACUUGACGUGCUCGCACUCGAAUAAUCACAAACAGGAAUCGCAGCUGUUAUUUGCUUGUGUGAACUUGUAGUUGUGUCUGUAUGUGUAAUGCGUAUGUGUGCGCAUCGCACUUUGCUUUCUGGAAUAGGUCUUCUUGAACUUGCUGUUGUGCAUUUGGAAAAACGUUCAUUUCAAUGCAUGUCACAUCAAAUGAAACAACAACAACAACAAC